AUGGCAGUAUCUACGAAAUUUGCACUAGUUUUUCUACUUGGCUGGGCUUUUUUCCUCGCUGGAAUCUUUGCUAUAAAGCCAAGUCGUCAGGAAGCGGAGGAGAAUAUGUCCAGGUUCAUGAGUGUCCUUCGAAAGGAGCAGUUAAGUGCCGGUUCCCCUCGAUUCAAUGAUGUUCUGGGCAACGCCAGGGCUAUAAUCGAGUACCAGGAAACAGGAUUCAUUGGGAUUCGCAGCAUUUUCCAGUGGAUGACCAGCCCGAAUCCUCGCAACGAUGGCGUCUAUAACUUUCUGCAGUUCUAUACCACCGAAUCGAGUGGCUACAUAGGAUUGCAGAAUUACGACAAGAGCUCCAAGUACACGGUUCUAUUUUCCGUUUGGGAUGCCACAAGUGCAAGUCCAGGUGAUAAUUUCGAGUGUAGUACGUUUGGAGGAGAGGGCAUCGGGUACAAGUGCUUCAAUUACACCUUCCCGCUGAUCAGCAAUGCCAUAUACUUCCUGGAUGUGCAGAUCGAGGGUUCUACCUUCAGGGGAUAUAUCUCGGAGCCGCAGGAGAAUCUGGACAGUGUGACCAGCAAUCAGGUGACCCGUCAUUUGAUUGGCGAGAUCACCACCCCCCAUGAAAAGCUGACCAACCUGAUACCCUUUGGCUACUAUAAUGAGAACUAUCGCGAUAAGGACACCUGCAGGGAGGCCUUCGAACUUGUGACCGUCAACCAGGCUCCUCAUCAAUAUACAAAAUAUGGUCAUGCCAACACCAAGUUCACCGAGGCCUAUCUCUAUAAUUCCGAGUGUGAGGUGGAGAAUAUUUUGGUGGCCCUUACGGCAGACAAGAAGAGCACUAUCUAUUUCACAAGACCCACUGCUUUGGAUCUUUAAAAUAGAGCAUAUAAUGAGGUAUAAUUCUCUUUGUUACAUUUAUUUUAUUAUAUUUACGAGCAAAUACUUAUAAGCAAGAACUUAAUUGGAAAUUCGAUUAAUC